AUGGAGGAAGAAGAAGAAAUUUGUAGAGUGUGCCGUUCAGAAGGAACGCUGGAGCAGCCUCUGUUUCAUCCUUGUAAAUGUGCAGGCAGUAUUCGAUAUGUUCACCAGGACUGUUUGAUCGAAUGGCUGACGCAUAGUCGAAAAAAAUAUUGCGAAUUAUGUGAACAUCCAUUUACAUUUACGCCAGUGUAUCGACAAGACAUGCCAGACGUACUACCGCCUAAAUUAUUCAUACAACAGUUACGGAAAAAACUCGCGUUUGCCAUCACAACUACAUUACGAGCCAUCUUGGUGUCCUGUAUUUGGCUGAUUCUGUUACCCUAUUUCACCAUCUGGAUUUGGAGAUUGUACUUUUUCUUGGGUGCUAAUCUAUCAAAGCAUUUAUCAAGACUGCAACACAUGAAACACCAGUUUGGAUUUUCUUUAAAAAACAAGGACCGAGCUGAGAUGAUGCUGGAUCUUGCGUUAGCUGGUGAUCAUGGUCUCCUUGGCAAUGACACUUUGCUUACUGCUACACCACCACCAUCACAUUCAACUUGGUUUGAGGAAUACAAAUCCCGAUUUUCAUUGCAGACAUUCUUGGCAGAUUGCUUCGAGGGCCAGAUCAUCACUUGCGUUGUGGUCGUGAUAUUCGUCGCUGUGUUUCUGUUGAGAGAGUGGAUUGUGCAAAAUAUACCAAUGGAUGCGCCCAUCAUUGAAGACGAGGAAGUCGCAGAGAUCGAGGAGCAUGAUGACCAAGUGGCCAUUCCACACCCACAAGAACCACAAGAACAGCCUGUUGAUAACUUGUUUGACAAUCACUGGGAUCACCAAAACGAACCCUUCGACCUAGAUCAAGGGCCCCCUUCACCCGUGGCUACUGCAGCAUGGCUUGAUCGAGGUGAAACCAGCGCUACCGAUCAAAUCUUUAGCUACAACAGCAGCAGCAAUAGCCACAGCAAACACACCCGUGCAACAUCGAUGCCUCCCUCACUAUCAGCCACAAGCUCGUUCUAUGACAGCGAUGAAGGGUACAAUGGUAGUGGUUCAUUGGGCGUAAAUGAGCCAUUGGAGAAUCGCAGAUCAGUUAGCAUGGAGCCAUAUAUCGAUACCACACCCUCAGAUCAUCGCAAUGGCGCAAGUAGUAGCAGUACAAGUACACCUGAUGCUGCUGUUCUUCGAGGACAUCCUCCCAAUGCACCAAGAUUAAGACAUGCUGAAGCACCACGCCCCAUUAUUCGACCUAUCUUUGAAGAACUAGAGGAAGAAGAAGAGGCACCACAAGCUCAAGCGCCCGCAGCACCAGCCAUUGAAGCACGUCCACAGCAACAACAACAACAACAACAACAGGCAGUGAAUGAGGCAGACGACGAUGAUGACAAUAUUGAAGAGUUUGAAGGUGUGCUUGAAGCCAUUGGUAUGCAGGGCAGUUUAUGGUCCUUGCUGCAAAACUGUGCUCUGAUGGGAUUGCUGAUUGCACUCAGUCUUGGAGCCGCUGUGUGGAUGCCCUACUUGAUUGGCAUGUUGUUUAUUAUGACAGAGACCUUGGAUUUGAUCCGCAUACCACUCAAACUGACGCGCAUGAUCACAGACCCUAUUGUCGACCUUUUAUUCUAUGUGUGCACGGAUUACAUUGCACCUUGGCUUUCAGAUGUCUACACGCAACAUGUGGAGGGCUAUUGGGUUGCCUUUUCGACCAGUCAUCUAUCGCAAAAGAUCUCGAUUGCCUUCAUGUACAUGUUCAACUACAUUUUCAAUCAUGGCUUGCUGCUCUCAGAUUCCUCCAAUGCCAGUUUGACAGCAUCCAAUAUACCCUCAGCAUCAGAAGCAACUGCUUCCAAUACCAUCAUGAUGUCCAUGGCUAAAUUCAUCAAUGAAACAGAGCCCGUCUUGGAAUCCGCUUUUCAACGCUACCAAUCACUUGCUACAGGACAGACAGCGUUGGAUCGUUUCGCUUGUAUCUCUGUAGGCUACAUCAUCGUCACCAUUGUCAGUUGCUGGUACCUUGCAAGAUCAGCCAAUAACAACAAUACGGCAGCAGCUGCGUUGGGUCGUACAGCGCAAGAAGCUAUCCGUCAUCAAGGCAUCAUCUUCAAGGUAGGCAUGUUUAUCACCAUUGAGCUUGUCAUGUUCCCCAUCGUCUGUGGUUUCCUGCUGGAUCUGUCGACACUGCCUCUGUUCAAGUCGGCCUCUUUUCUGGGCCGUCUCUUGUAUCUAAAGUCGCAUCCUGUGCCUUCUGUGUUUCUGCAUUGGUUCUUGGGCACAGGCUUCAUGUUUCUGUUUGCCGUCUUGGUGACAUUGUGUCGCGAUAUUGUGCGUCCAGGUGUCAUGUGGUUCAUUCGCGACCCCAACGACCCUCAGUUCCACCCUAUUCGAGAGAUUGUGGAGAGACCCAUCUUGUUUCAAUUCAGAAAGAUUGGUGCCAGUGCCUUGAUUUAUCUUACAGUGAUUAUCGUCGGUGUAGGUGGCGUGGUUCAUUUCAUUGACACUGCGGUUGGGCAAAUUCUACCCCUGAGAUGGAACCUUUCUAGAGUUCCUCUGUCUGUGGUGCCAUUAGAUUUGAUCAUCAUUCAUGUGGGUAUCCCAGCAAUUGUCAGAUACUUUAAGCCAAAGCAGACCAUCAAACAGCUAUUUGUGCAAUGGAUCACGCUUACAUGUCGUCAGUUGCGACUGUCCUCAUUCAUGUUUGGCGUUAGGAAGGCAGAUGAAGAGGGCACACUCAUAUACCAUGAUUGGAUGGCCUGGCUGAAGCGCACAAGGCCCGCACAUUAUCCUGCAGACGGCACCAUAGAUGAUGUGAUUGGCCCUCGGGUAUCUUACUUGUGGGAAGGUCAAUUGCUGCGUGUGCCUCGCCAUGACAGUGUCCCCAUCAUUGAACGUCGUCGCAUGCUAGUCCCCGUUGACAAUGUCACACUGGAGCCUAUUGAUGAAAAUGAGAGACGCUUGGGACAUCCUGCCGCCAGUGCGCCUGGUGGGGAUGAAGUCAACACGGUCAUUGUCUACAGCCCUCCUCAUUUCAAGGAAAGAGUGCUUGUGUUUGUCGGCUUCAUGUGGCUCUCUACAAGCAUGUUCUUUUGUACCAUCACUGUAUUGCCCGUCCUGUUGGGUCGAUAUCUCUUUGAACAUCAAUUGCACGUGGAGACUGAGGUGCACGACAUUUAUUCAUUUGUACUGGGUGGCUGUAUCAUGCUGUUUGCUGGUACUUUGCUGCUCCAGUGCUAUCACUCCAUCAAGGACAUUGCCUCGCAAUCUACAUGGUCCGAUUUUACUCUGUCCAUCUGGCUUCAAGCCAAGAAAUGGACCUUGUGGAUGACUCGUUGGGCCUUCUUUGUAGCAGCAUUUGGCGUCAUCGUGCCCUUUUCGUUUGGUCUCUUGAUUGAGCUGUAUCUCGUACUGCCGUUUAUCAAUCUCGGUAAAAAUGUGCUUUCCAUUGAAGUGCUUCCCAUGUGGGCUGCUGGAUUUGUGUGUCAAGUCAUCAUGCAUGGAUUUAUUCAGGUGAUACCCAACAACAGAAUGAAAGCGAUAUUGGAUGAUAUAUUUCAAGGAGGCAUCAAUGAAAUGAAGAUUGAAACAUGCUGUAUAAAGCUGCUGGGCCCUGUUUUGUUUGUCACCAUGAAUGCUGCUUGUCUCCCCUUUUUACCUGCUUAUAUCAAUGUAAAGAUCCUUGGCAAUAAUCUUGAACGCAAUGAUGAAGUAACCAUGAAGCUAUUGCAAAUGGCUUAUCCUACUGCGCUUGUGGGUGUUGGCAGCUACUAUCUGGGUAAAGUAGGCAGUCGAUUUAGAACUAGAUUAGUGCAGAAUAUCAGAGAAGACAACUAUCUGAUAGGCAGAACAUUGCACAACUUGGAUCAAUAA